UAAUAAAUAGCGGAAAAGAAUAUACCCAAAUAAAAGAAGGGAGAUCACUCGAAGCUCCGAUUUCUUUGUCCAAGUCUCUCGAUUCGGCCCUUUGAGAGAUGGGGCGAUACGUAGGCUUCCCUCUAGGGUUUCUCCUGGUGGCCUGGGGAUUGGGCCUGGGGCUUUGGGCGCCGCCGGCGGCGGGGCGAUUCGUGGUGGAGAAGAACAGCCUGAUGGUCAUCUCGCCUUCGGAGCUCAAGGGGAAGCACGACAGCGCGAUCGGAAACUUCGGCAUCCCGCAGUACGGCGGGAGCAUGGCCGGCGCGGUGGUGUACCCCAAGGAGAACGCCAGGGCCUGCGACCAGUUCUCGCGUUCCGAUCUCUUUAAGCCGAAGGCUGGGGCGCUUCCUAACUUUGUUCUCAUUGAUCGCGGAGACUGCCUUUUCGCCAAAAAGGUUUGGAAUGCACAGAAUGCUGGUGCCUCUGCUGUGCUUGUUGUAGAUGACAAGAACGAACCUUUGAUAACUAUGGAUUUACCUCGGGAGGACGAUGAAGCUGCAAAGUAUAUUGAGAAUAUAACUAUUCCAUCUGCUCUUAUUGAUAAGAAAUUCGGCGAACAGUUAAAGAAGGCUGUCCGCAGCGGUGAAAUGGUUAAUGUGAACCUUGAUUGGAGAGAAGCCGUUCCACACCCUGAUGAUCGUGUGGAAUAUGAAUUGUGGACCAAUAGCAAUGAUGAGUGUGGCACCAAAUGUGACAUGCUGAUGGACUUUUUAAAAGCGUUUAAAGGUGUUGCUCAACUGCUAGAGAAAGGUGGUUAUAGUCAAUUUACACCCCAUUAUAUUACCUGGUACUGUCCCCAAGCUUUCAUCAUCAGUAAACAGUGCAAAUCUCAAUGCAUCAAUAAUGGGAGAUACUGUGCCCCUGAUCCAGAGCAAGAUUUCAGCACUGGUUAUGAUGGGAAGGAUGUAGUUAUUGAGAACUUGAGACAACUGUGUGUAUUUAGAGUUGCAAAUGAAAGUAAAAGACCCUGGAUUUGGUGGGAUUACGUAACUGAUUUCCACAUAAGGUGCCCUAUGAAGGAGAAGAAGUACAACAAAGACUGUGCAGAAACUGUUAUGAAGUCUCUAGGGCUAGACAUCAAGAAGGUUGACCAGUGCAUGGGAGACCCAAAUGCUGAUAGUGAGAAUCCAAUUCUGAAGAUGGAGCAAGAUGCUCAGGUAGGAACAGGUUCAAGGGGCGACGUUACUAUAUUGCCUACCCUCAUUGUUAAUAAUCGACAGUAUCGAGGAAAAUUAGAGAAAAAGGCUGUCUUGAAAGCUAUUUGUGCUGGUUUUGAGGAAAAUACUGAGCCACCUGCUUGUUUGAGUGAUGACAUAGAAACAAAUGAAUGUCUGGACAAUAAUGGUGGAUGCUGGCAAGACAAAGCAUCCAACAUUACCGCAUGCAAGGAUACCUUCCGUGGCAGAGUCUGCGAGUGUCCUGCAUUUGGUGGUGUGCAGUUUAAGGGUGAUGGUUAUAACAAUUGUGAAGCAAUUGGUCCUGGAAGGUGCAGGAUAAACAAUGGUGGCUGUUGGCAAGAAAGUCGUGAUGGCAAGACAUAUUCUGCAUGUCAGGAAUCUGGAGAUGGUAAAUGCCAGUGCCCAGCUGGAUUUGAAGGUGAUGGUGUCAAAGCAUGUGAAGAUAUCAAUGAAUGCAAGAAGAAAACUGCUUGUCAGUGCCCUGAGUGUAGCUGUAAAGAUACCUGGGGAAGUUAUGAUUGCACCUGCAGUGGAGACCUUUUAUACAUCAAAGAACAUGAUACUUGCAUAAGCAAGAAAGCCAGUGAAGCAAAGGUUACAUGGGCUGCUGUUUGGGUGCUUUUGAUAGUGUUGGCUGUUGCUGCAUUUGGAGCAUAUGCUAUUUACAAGUACAGAUUAAGAUCAUAUAUGGACUCAGAGAUCAGGGCUAUAAUGGCACAGUACAUGCCCUUGGACAGCCAAGGAGAGGUUCCAAACCAUUCUCACGAAGAAGAUCAUGCCUGAAAUUUUCCAAUUUGCAUUUGUGAUCAUUCUUAUUCCACGUUGUCCCAGCAUGAAAGGGAUUCAGGCCUUGAUGGCGAAAUAAAAGAUGCAUGGUGGAUUGCCCAUAAAAGAGUGGAAACAGAUGUAUAAGGGGACAGCAAUUGUGUGCUACGAUGGAACGAGGGUUGUGACGAUCUAUAAUAGUACUCCUUGUGUAAUUGUACAUGUAUAAACUUCUUAUGUGCAUUAUCUCCUACAGUUAGCUACAUCUGCAAGCAGUCCAAGGUGUGUAUUUAGACAUAUGUUGGGUAUAACUAGCACUUGACUGACAAAUUGUUCCGAGUUGCUUUGCAUUGUUUUCCUCCGAAACUGGAGCUUCCAUCACUUUUUGAGGAAUAGUAAUAGCAUCUUCAUACAA